AUGGCUACUGAAGAACCAUUUCAUACUGAUAAUACAGAUCUAGGUGAUUUAGAAAGUGAACAACUUUAUCUUGAAGCUGCAAAUAUAUUACAAAAACUUCAAUUGGAUAAACCAGUUGAUGAAGAAUGGUCUUUAGAUGAUAUGGAAGCUCAUAUCGAAGAAAAUUUACAGGAUCAAUUUGUUCAAGAAGCUCUUACUCAAGAUAUUGAUCUGGCACAAUAUUCUGAACAGAUACAAGAAAAAUUACAAAUACAUGAAAAAGCUUUUGUACAAGAUUUUAUUGGUGAAACAAAUAAUAUUGCAAAUCUUCAUAUACAAAUAUCAUCAUGUGAUAAAAUUCUUGAAUCAAUGGAUCAUAUGUUAAGAAAUUUUCAAAAUAAUUUAGCAAAUAUAAGUAAUGAAAUACGUCAUUUACAACAAUAUUCAGCUGAAUUAAAUAUUAAAAAAAAGAAUCGAGAACUUGUACGUGGACAACUAAGUCAAGUUGUUGAUGAAAUGGUUGUACCACAAUCAAUGAUACAAAUUAUUAUGGAUGUACCAGUAACAGAACGACAAUUUCUUGAACAACUUCAUGAAUUAAGUCAUAAAAUAAAAUUUGUUAAAGAACAAUCAUUUCAUGAUGCUAUUGCUUGUCAAGAUGUACAAGAAGUUUUAGAAAAAUUACGUAUUAAAACAAUUAGUAAAAUUCGUGAAUUUAUAUUACAAAAAAUUUAUCAAUUUCGUAAACCAAUGACUAAUUAUGAAGUACCACAAAAUGCUUUAUUAAGGAAUAGAUUUUUUUAUGAAUUUUUAUUAACAAAUGAUAGACAAAUAGCCGAUGAAAUUCGACGAGAAUAUAUUGAUACAUUAAGCAAAGUUUAUUUUUCAUAUUUUAAAGCUUAUUCAACUAAAUUAAUUAAACUUCAAUUAGAUGAAAAAGCAGAUAAAGACGAUCUACUUGGUGCUGAUGAUCGUCCUCGAUCAAAUAUAUCAUUUUUUUCAACAAGUGCUCGUCCACAUCUAAAACAUCGUGCAACUGUUUUCAGUUUGGGUAAUCGUGAUUGUGUACUUAAACAAGAAUUAGAAGCUCCAAUAAUUGUUCCACAUGCCCAACAAAAAGCUGAAAUAAAAUAUCCAUAUGAAUAUUUAUUUCGUAGUGAACAAUAUGCUUUAUUAGAUAAUUGUUGUCGUGAAUAUUUAUUUCUAUGUGAUUUUUUUAUGUUAAAUAAUCGAUCAGCACCUGACUUUUUUAUGGAAAUAUUUGAAAAAACAUUUAAAUUAUUGCAAAAAAAUUUCGAAACUUAUAUAUCUGAUUCAUAUGAUCCUAUAUCUAUUUUACUUUGCAUACAUCUACUUUAUCGUUAUCAAGUUAUAGCUAAUAAACGUAAUGUACCUAUAUUAAAUAGAUUUCAUGAAAUAUUAAUUCAUAUAUGUGAAAAUCGUUUUGAAAUUGUUAUGAAAGCUAAUAUUGAUAGUGUACAACGUGUUGAACCACAUAAAUUUUCAUCUAUUGAACUUAAUCCACAUUUUAUUGUACGACGUUAUGCAGAAUUUUCCGGAGCUGUUACAAGAUUAAAUGAAGAAUUUUCUAAUGAAAAAAUUUCAACAUUAAUGACACGUUUACAAGUUGAAAUACUUACUCUUAUUAUUCGUAUGGCUAAUGAAUUUCCACAAAGAAAAGAACAAUUAAUUUUUAUUAUUAAUAAUUAUGAUCUUAUAUUAUCUGUUUUAACUGCAUAUACAAGUGAAGAUUCACCAGAAUGUGAUGCAGUUAAAAAUUUACUUCGUGAACGUAUUGAUGAAUAUGUUAAAGAAGUUUUAAUACCAUAUUUUUCUCCAUUGAUUACUUUUGUUCGUGAUAGUGAUCAAUUUUUAUCCGAUGGCAAUAUAAAACAAUUAGAAAAUAAAUUAACAAUAAUUAGUAAAUUAUUUAGUGGUGAUUUUAAAAAGACAUUUGAUUUAAUUCAUAAUGAUGUUAUUCGUUCAUUUCCAUCACUUAAACUUAGUCAACCAAUUCUUAAAGAAGUUUUUACACAAUUUCUAUCUUAUUAUCAUGAUUUUCAACGUUUAUUAUCAAAUAAUACAAAUUUAAAAACUGCAUCGUCAAAUAUAUCUUUACCUAAUCUUCAUCAAUUAAUGGUUGAAAUAAAAAAAUUUAAAUUACCUUUUGAUGGUGAUCAAUUUAAAUCACGUUCAUAA